CAUCAAAGGAAAGCCAUUCCACUCCAUGCCUGCCUCCCCUGCUCCCUCUCCCCAACGCUUUUCUCCUUCUCUCGGGCUCCCUCGGGCGCGUCUCACCUCCAUCAUUCCCCCCACCGUUCCAAUGGCGUCCUCCAAGUUCAACCUCUUCUCCUUCCCCCUUCUCUUCCUCCUCUGCUCCGGCCCGUUCCUCGCCUUCUCCUCCGAGCCCCUCAACGCCGAAGUGGUGGCGCUGAUCGCCAUCAGGCAGGGGCUGGUCGACCCGCACGGCGUGCUGAGCAACUGGGACGAGGACUCCGUCGACCCCUGCAGCUGGGCCAUGAUCACCUGCUCCCCACACAACCUCGUCAUCGGCCUGGGAGCGCCGAGCCAGGGCUUGUCGGGGACGCUGUCCGGGAAGAUCGCCAACCUCACCAAUCUUGAGCAAGUGUUGCUGCAGAACAACAACAUCACGGGGCGGCUGCCGCCGGAGCUCGGCGCGCUGCCGAGGCUCCAGACGCUGGACCUCUCCAACAACCGCUUCUCCGGCCGCGUGCCCGACACGCUGGGCCGCCUCUCCACACUCCGAUACCUGAGGCUAAACAACAACAGCUUGUCGGGGCCGUUCCCGGCGUCGCUGGCCAAGAUCCCACAGCUCUCCUUCCUGGACUUGUCCUACAACAACCUCACCGGCCCUGUUCCCGUCUUCCCCACAAGAACCUUCAACAUCGUGGGCAACCCAAUGAUCUGCGGCAGCCACGCGGGCGCGGAGGAGUGCGCCGCCGCAGUGGCGCCGGUGAACGCACCCUUCUCGCUGGAAUCCACUCAGGGCAGCAACAAGACGACGACAGGAGGAGGAGGAGGAGGAGGGAGGUCAAAGGCUGGCGCGCGGCUGAUCCCCAUCGGAGUAGGGACAAGCCUGGGCGCCUCCUCCCUUGUGCUCUUCGCCUUGUCCUGUUUUCUCUGGAGGCGCAAGCGCCGGCACCAGCAAGGCGGCGGCCCCUCCUCCGUCCUCGGCAUCCUCGAAUUAAUGUCUGAUCCAGACCGUGGUGGUUGCGAUUUGGAGGGGGGAGGAGGGGAGGUGCUGGGGAACGUGAGGCAGUUCGGGCUGCGGGAGCUGCAGGCGGCCACGGACGGGUUCAGCGCGAAGAACAUCCUGGGGAAAGGAGGGUUCGGGGACGUGUACAGGGGGAGGCUGGCGGACGGCACGGUGGUGGCCGUAAAGCGGCUCAAGGACACGGCGAGCGCUUCGGGGGAAGCGCAGUUCCGGACGGAGGUGGAGAUGAUCAGCCUGGCCGUGCACAGGCACCUGCUCCGCCUCCUCGGCUUCUGCGCCGAGCCGGCCUCCGGCGAGCGCCUCCUCGUCUACCCUUACAUGCCCAACGGCAGCGUCGCCUCCCGCCUCCGAGGGAAGCCGGCGCUGGACUGGCACACGCGGAAGCGGAUCGCGGUGGGCACGGCGCGGGGGCUGCUGUACCUGCACGAGCAGUGCGACCCCAAGAUCAUCCACCGGGACGUCAAGGCCGCCAACGUGCUCCUGGACGAGUGCCACGAGGCCGUCGUCGGCGACUUCGGCCUCGCCAAGCUGCUCGACCACGGCGACUCGCACGUCACCACGGCCGUGCGGGGCACCGUGGGCCACAUCGCGCCCGAGUACCUCUCCACGGGGCAGUCCUCCGAGAAGACGGACGUCUUCGGCUUCGGUGUCCUGCUGCUCGAGCUCGUCACGGGCCAGCGCGCCCUCGAGGUCGGCAAGGCCUCCGGGAUCUGCCUCACCCACAAGGGCGUCAUGCUUGAUUGGGUGAGGAAGGUGCACCAGGAGAAGAUGUUCGACUUGCUGGUGGACCAAGACCUGGGCCCUCACUACGACAGGAUCGAGGUGGCCGAGAUGGUGCAGGUCGCCCUGCUGUGCACGCAGUUCCAGCCGUCGCACCGCCCGAGGAUGUCCGAGGUGGUCCGGAUGCUGGAGGGUGACGGCCUGGCCGAGAAAUGGGAGGCCAGCAACAGGCCGGCCACGGCGGCGCCGCUCCACGACGGCCUUGGCUACGACCACCGCAACGACUCCAACGGCUCCGUCUUCUUCAACGAGUACCAUGACUACGACAGCAGCCUCAGCAGCGACGAGGUGCGGUCCAUCGACAUGGUGGAGGAGAUGGAGCUGUCCGGACCGAGGUAGCAGCAGCACUGCACAUUACAGACCAGAUUCAUUCAGAGUACUCCAAAAGGAAAAAAUUACAUGGGGGCGUGAGUAAGAGAGGGAGAGGUGGUGGUGGGGAUUGGAUUUGUUGCUAGCUAGUUUGAAAGUAGUUAGGGGUGCUUUAGGUUAGACCACAGAGUGUAGCUUCUGAUCAAGCGUUGCUUUCCCCGAGAAAGAUGUAAAGAAAAAGUGUGGUUUUCUCUUUUGCUUCUUUUCACAGCCUCUUUUUCUUUUUCUGCUGCUGCUGCUGCUGCUGCUGCUUUUCUUCUUGUUGAUUUGGGGGCAGAAGCACAUGCUGCACUGCAGUCCUUUGAUUUGCAUUCCGGCCCUGAUCUCUAGGGACCUUUUGCAGUGGCCCUUGUAUGUAGGGAAGGGAAGUGUUUGAGGCUUGAGACAUGCAGUCAUUUUGACUGCUUUCUGACCUGUAAAGAUAACCAGUUGCUCGAUUUCUUUUGGUAGUUGUGCGGACGACGAACAGGUAAUGUCA